CCCUCCCGCCCGGCUUAGAGGACAGCGGAGAAGGCGGGUGGUGGGGCUGGGGUCCUGAAGCGGCGGUACCGGCGCUGGCGGCGGUAGCUGAGGCCUUGGCCGAAGCCGCGCGAACCUCAGGGCAAGAUGCUUGGAACUGGGCCUGCCGCCGCCACCACAGCUACCACCACGUCUAGCAAUGUGAGUGUUCUGCAGCAGUUCGCCAGUGGCCUGAAGAGCCGGAAUGAGGAGACCAGGGCCAAAGCUGCCAAGGAGCUCCAGCACUAUGUCACCAUGGAGCUUCGAGAGAUGAGCCAAGAGGAAUCUACCCGCUUCUAUGAUCAACUGAACCAUCACAUUUUUGAACUGGUUUCCAGCUCAGAUGCUAAUGAGAGGAAAGGUGGCAUCUUAGCCAUAGCCAGCCUCAUAGGAGUGGAAGGUGGGAAUGCCACCCGAAUUGGCAGAUUUGCUAACUAUCUUCGGAACCUACUCCCCUCCAAUGAUCCAGUUGUCAUGGAAAUGGCAUCCAAGGCCAUUGGCCGCCUUGCCAUGGCCGGGGACACUUUCACUGCUGAGUAUGUGGAGUUUGAGGUGAAGCGAGCCCUGGAAUGGCUGGGUGCUGACCGCAACGAGGGCCGGAGACAUGCAGCUGUCCUGGUUCUCCGUGAGCUGGCCAUCAGCGUCCCCACGUUCUUCUUCCAGCAAGUGCAACCCUUCUUUGACAACAUUUUCGUGGCUGUGUGGGACCCCAAACAGGCCAUCCGAGAGGGAGCUGUAGCUGCCCUUCGCGCCUGUCUGAUUCUCACCACCCAGCGUGAGCCGAAGGAGAUGCAGAAGCCCCAGUGGUACAGGCACACGUUUGAAGAAGCAGAGAAAGGGUUUGAUGAGACCUUGGCUAAAGAGAAGGGCAUGAAUCGGGAUGAUCGGAUCCAUGGAGCCUUGCUGAUCCUCAACGAGCUGGUCCGAAUCAGCAGCAUGGAGGGAGAGCGUUUGAGAGAAGAAAUGGAAGAAAUCACACAGCAGCAGCUGGUACAUGACAAGUACUGCAAAGAUCUCAUGGGCUUCGGAACGAAACCUCGUCACAUCACCCCCUUCACCAGUUUCCAGGCCGUCCAGCCCCAGCAGUCAAAUGCCUUGGUGGGGCUGCUGGGGUACAGCUCUCACCAAGGCCUCAUGGGAUUUGGGGCCUCCCUCAGCCCAGCAAAGUGCACCCUGGUGGAGAGCCGGUGUUGCAGAGACUUGAUGGAGGAGAAAUUUGAUCAGGUGUGCCAGUGGGUGCUGAAGUGCAGAAAUAGCAAGAAUUCGCUGAUCCAAAUGACAAUCCUUAAUUUGUUGCCCCGCUUGGCUGCAUUCCGACCUUCUGCCUUCACAGAUACCCAGUACCUCCAAGAUACCAUGAACCAUGUCCUAAGUUGUGUCAAGAAGGAGAAGGAACGUACUGCAGCCUUCCAAGCCCUAGGACUGCUUUCCGUGGCUGUGAGGUCCGAGUUUAAGGUCUACUUGCCUCGUGUGCUGGACAUCAUCCGAGCAGCCCUACCCCCUAAGGACUUCGCCCAUAAAAGGCAGAAGGCAAUGCAGGUAGAUGCCACCGUGUUCACUUGCAUCAGCAUGCUGGCUCGAGCGAUGGGCCCAGGCAUCCAGCAGGAUAUCAAGGAGCUGCUGGAGCCCAUGCUGGCGGUGGGGCUGAGCCCUGCUCUCACUGCUGUGCUCUACGACCUGAGCCGCCAGAUUCCACAGCUAAAGAAGGACAUCCAAGAUGGGCUACUGAAAAUGCUAUCCCUGGUCCUUAUGCACAAACCGCUCCGGCACCCAGGCAUGCCCAAGGGCCUGGCCCAUCAGCUGGCCUCCCCUGGCCUCACAACCCUCCCUGAGGCCAGUGAUGUGGGCAGCAUCACUCUUGCCCUCCGAACCCUUGGCAGCUUUGAAUUUGAAGGCCACUCUCUGACCCAGUUUGUCCGCCACUGUGCGGAUCAUUUCCUGAACAGUGAGCACAAGGAGAUCCGCAUGGAAGCUGCGCGCACCUGCUCCCGCCUGCUCACACCCUCCAUCCACCUCAUCAGCGGCCACGCUCACGUGGUUAGCCAGACUGCAGUGCAAGUGGUGGCAGAUGUGCUCAGCAAACUGCUCGUGGUUGGGAUAACAGACCCUGACCCCGACAUUCGCUACUGUGUCUUGGCAUCCCUGGAUGAGCGCUUUGAUGCACACCUGGCCCAGGCAGAGAACUUGCAGGCCCUGUUUGUGGCCCUGAAUGACCAAGUGUUUGAGAUCCGGGAGCUGGCCAUCUGCACUGUAGGGCGACUCAGUAGCAUGAACCCAGCCUUUGUCAUGCCUUUCCUGCGCAAGAUGCUUAUUCAGAUUUUGACAGAGCUGGAACACAGUGGGAUUGGAAGAAUCAAAGAGCAAAGUGCCCGCAUGCUGGGGCACCUGGUCUCUAAUGCCCCCCGACUCAUCCGCCCCUACAUGGAGCCUAUUCUGAAGGCUUUAAUUUUGAAACUGAAAGAUCCAGACCCUGAUCCAAACCCAGGUGUGAUCAAUAAUGUCUUAGCUACGAUAGGAGAACUGGCUCAGGUGAGUGGCCUGGAAAUGAGGAAAUGGGUUGAUGAACUUUUUAUUAUCAUCAUGGACAUGCUCCAGGAUUCCUCUCUGUUGGCAAAAAGGCAGGUGGCUCUGUGGACCCUGGGACAAUUGGUGGCCAGCACCGGCUAUGUGGUAGAGCCCUACAGGAAGUACCCCACUUUGCUUGAGGUGCUACUGAAUUUUCUGAAGACUGAGCAGAACCAGGGUACACGGAGAGAGUUAGAGUUGUGUCAUGUAUCUCUCAUGACUCCUCCAUUAUUUGUCCUAGCUGACUACAGUACCAGUGAGAUGCUGGUCAACAUGGGAAACCUGCCUCUGGAUGAGUUCUAUCCAGCUGUGUCCAUGGUGGCCCUGAUGCGGAUCUUCCGAGACCAGUCCCUCUCUCACCAUCACACGAUGGUUGUCCAGGCCAUCACCUUCAUCUUCAAAUCACUGGGACUCAAGUGCGUGCAGUUCCUGCCCCAGGUCAUGCCCACGUUCCUUAAUGUCAUUCGAGUCUGUGACGGGGCCAUCCGGGAAUUUCUGUUCCAGCAGCUGGGAAUGCUGGUGUCCUUUGUGAAGAGCCACAUCAGACCUUAUAUGGAUGAAAUAGUCACCCUCAUGAGAGAAUUCUGGGUCAUGAACACCUCAAUCCAGAGCACGAUCAUUCUCCUCAUCGAGCAAAUUGUGGUAGCUCUUGGGGGUGAAUUUAAACUCUACCUGCCCCAGCUGAUCCCACAUAUGCUGCGCGUCUUCAUGCAUGACAACAGCCCAGGCCGCAUCGUCUCCAUCAAGUUGUUGGCUGCAAUCCAGCUGUUUGGUGCCAACCUGGAUGACUAUUUGCAUUUGUUGUUGCCUCCUAUUGUGAAGUUGUUUGAUGCCCCUGAAGUUCCACUGCCUUCUCGAAAGGCAGCAUUAGAGACAGUGGACCGCCUGACGGAGUCCCUGGACUUCACUGACUACGCCUCCCGCAUCAUUCACCCUAUUGUUCGAACACUGGAUCAGAGCCCAGAACUGCGUUCCACGGCCAUGGACACAUUGUCUUCACUUGUCUUUCAGCUGGGGAAGAAGUACCAAAUUUUCAUUCCGAUGGUGAAUAAAGUUCUGGUGCGACACCGAAUCAACCAUCAGCGCUAUGACGUGCUCAUCUGCAGAAUUGUCAAGGGAUACACCCUUGCUGAUGAAGAGGAGGACCCUUUGAUUUACCAGCAUCGGAUGCUUAGGAGUGGCCAAGGGGAUGCGUUGGCUAGUGGACCAGUAGAAACGGGACCCAUGAAGAAACUGCACGUCAGCACCAUCAACCUCCAAAAAGCUUGGGGAGCAGCCAGGAGGGUCUCCAAAGAUGACUGGCUGGAGUGGCUGAGACGGCUGAGCCUGGAGCUACUGAAAGACUCCUCGUCACCCUCCCUGCGCUCCUGCUGGGCCCUGGCACAGGCCUACAACCCGAUGGCCAGGGAUCUCUUCAAUGCUGCAUUUGUGUCCUGCUGGUCUGAACUGAAUGAAGACCAGCAGGAUGAGCUCAUCAGAAGCAUCGAGUUGGCCCUCACCUCACAAGACAUUGCUGAAGUCACACAAACCCUCUUAAACUUGGCUGAAUUCAUGGAACACAGUGACAAGGGCCCCUUGCCUCUGAGAGACGACAAUGGCAUUGUUCUACUGGGUGAAAGAGCUGCCAAGUGCCGAGCUUAUGCCAAAGCACUACACUACAAAGAACUGGAGUUCCAGAAAGGUCCCACCCCUGCCAUUCUAGAAUCUCUCAUCAGCAUUAAUAAUAAGCUACAGCAGCCGGAGGCAGCUGCCGGGGUGUUAGAAUAUGCCAUGAAACACUUUGGAGAGCUGGAGAUCCAGGCUACCUGGUAUGAGAAACUGCACGAGUGGGAGGAUGCUCUCGUAGCCUACGAUAAGAAGAUGGACACCAACAAGGACGAUCCAGAGCUGAUGCUGGGCCGCAUGCGCUGCCUCGAGGCCUUGGGGGAAUGGGGACAGCUCCACCAGCAGUGCUGUGAAAAGUGGACCCUGGUUAAUGAUGAGACCCAAGCCAAGAUGGCCCGGAUGGCUGCGGCAGCUGCCUGGGGUUUAGGUCAGUGGGACAGCAUGGAAGAGUACACUUGUAUGAUCCCUCGGGACACCCAUGAUGGGGCAUUUUAUAGAGCCGUGCUGGCGCUACAUCAGGACCUCUUCUCCUUGGCACAACAGUGCAUCGACAAGGCCAGGGACCUGCUGGAUGCUGAGCUAACUGCGAUGGCAGGAGAGAGCUAUAGUCGGGCAUACGGGGCCAUGGUUUCUUGCCACAUGCUGUCCGAGCUGGAGGAGGUUAUCCAGUACAAACUUGUCCCUGAGCGACGAGAGAUCAUCCGCCAGAUCUGGUGGGAAAGAUUGCAGGGCUGCCAGCGUAUCGUAGAGGACUGGCAGAAAAUCCUUAUGGUGCGAUCCCUUGUGGUCAGCCCUCAUGAGGACAUGAGAACCUGGCUCAAGUAUGCAAGUCUGUGCGGCAAGAGCGGCAGGCUGGCUCUUGCUCAUAAAACCUUAGUAUUGCUCCUGGGAGUUGAUCCAUCUCGGCAACUUGACCAUCCUCUGCCAACAGUUCAUCCUCAGGUGACCUAUGCCUACAUGAAAAACAUGUGGAAGAGCGCUCGCAAGAUCGAUGCCUUCCAGCACAUGCAGCACUUUGUCCAGACCAUGCAGCAGCAGGCCCAGCAUGCCAUCGCUACCGAGGACCAACAGCACAAACAGGAACUGCACAAGCUCAUGGCCCGAUGCUUCCUGAAACUUGGGGAGUGGCAGCUGAACCUACAGGGCAUCAAUGAGAGCACAAUCCCCAAAGUGCUGCAGUACUACAGUGCCGCAACGGAGCACGACCGCAGCUGGUACAAGGCCUGGCACGCGUGGGCAGUGAUGAACUUCGAAGCUGUACUGCACUACAAACAUCAGAACCAAGCCCGUGACGAGAAGAAGAAACUGCGUCAUACCAGCGGAGCCAAUAUCACCAAUGCCACCACUGCUGCCACCACAGCUGCCACUGCCGCCGCCGCGGCCAGCACCGAGGGCAGCAACAGUGAGAGUGAGGCUGAAAGUGCAGAAAAUAGCCCCACGCCUUCUCCUCUGCAGAAGAAGGUCACUGAGGAUCUGUCCAAAACCCUCUUGAUGUACACUGUUCCCGCUGUUCAGGGCUUCUUCCGUUCUAUCUCCUUGUCACGAGGCAACAACCUCCAGGACACGCUCAGAGUCCUCACCUUAUGGUUUGAUUAUGGUCACUGGCCAGAUGUCAAUGAAGCCUUAGUGGAAGGUGUGAAAGCCAUCCAGAUAGAUACUUGGUUACAGGUUAUACCUCAGCUCAUUGCAAGAAUUGACACACCCAGACCCUUGGUGGGACGUCUCAUUCACCAGCUUCUCACAGACAUUGGUCGGUACCACCCCCAGGCCCUUAUCUACCCCCUGACUGUGGCUUCUAAGUCCACCACUACAGCCCGUCACAAUGCAGCCAACAAGAUUCUGAAGAACAUGUGUGAGCACAGUAACACACUGGUGCAGCAGGCCAUGAUGGUGAGUGAGGAGCUGAUCCGAGUGGCCAUCCUCUGGCAUGAGAUGUGGCACGAAGGCCUGGAAGAGGCUUCUCGCUUGUACUUUGGGGAGAGGAAUGUGAAAGGCAUGUUCGAGGUGCUGGAGCCCCUGCAUGCUAUGAUGGAACGGGGCCCCCAGACUCUGAAGGAAACGUCCUUUAAUCAGGCAUACGGUCGAGAUUUAAUGGAGGCCCAAGAAUGGUGCAGAAAGUACAUGAAGUCAGGGAAUGUCAAGGACCUCACGCAAGCCUGGGACCUCUAUUACCAUGUGUUCAGACGAAUCUCAAAGCAGCUGCCUCAGCUCACAUCCUUAGAGCUGCAAUAUGUUUCCCCAAAACUUCUGAUGUGCCGGGACCUUGAAUUGGCUGUGCCUGGAACCUAUGACCCCAACCAGCCAAUCAUUCGCAUUCAGUCCAUAGCACCAUCUUUACAAGUCAUCACAUCCAAGCAGAGGCCCCGGAAGUUGACACUGAUGGGCAGCAACGGGCAUGAGUUUGUUUUCCUCCUGAAAGGCCAUGAGGAUCUGAGACAGGACGAGCGGGUGAUGCAGCUCUUUGGCCUGGUUAACACCCUUCUGGCCAAUGAUCCAACAUCUCUUCGGAAAAACCUCAGCAUCCAGAGAUAUGCUGUCAUCCCUUUGUCGACCAACUCAGGCCUCAUUGGCUGGGUCCCCCACUGUGACACACUGCACGCCCUUAUCCGGGACUACAGGGAGAAAAAGAAGAUCCUCCUCAACAUUGAGCAUCGCAUCAUGUUGCGGAUGGCUCCAGACUACGACCACCUGACACUGAUGCAGAAGGUGGAGGUGUUUGAGCAUGCCGUCAAUAACACAGCCGGGGACGACCUGGCCAAGCUGCUGUGGCUGAAAAGCCCCAGCUCAGAGGUGUGGUUUGACCGAAGAACCAAUUACACACGCUCUUUGGCGGUCAUGUCAAUGGUUGGGUAUAUUUUGGGCCUAGGAGAUAGACACCCAUCCAACCUGAUGUUGGACCGACUGAGUGGGAAGAUCCUGCACAUUGACUUUGGGGACUGCUUUGAGGUUGCUAUGACCAGAGAGAAGUUUCCAGAGAAGAUUCCAUUUAGACUAACAAGAAUGUUGACCAAUGCUAUGGAGGUGACCGGCCUGGAUGGCAACUACAGAAUCACGUGCCACACGGUGAUGGAAGUGCUUCGGGAACACAAGGACAGUGUCAUGGCUGUGCUGGAAGCCUUCGUCUACGACCCCUUGCUGAACUGGAGGCUGAUGGACACAAAUACCAAAGGCAACAAGCGAUCCCGAACAAGGACAGAUUCCUACUCUGCUGGCCAGUCAGUAGAAAUUUUGGAUGGUGUGGAACUUGGGGAACCAGCCCAUAAGAAAACGGGGACCACAGUGCCAGAAUCUAUUCAUUCUUUCAUUGGAGACGGUUUGGUGAAACCAGAGGCCCUAAAUAAGAAAGCUAUUCAGAUUAUUAACAGGGUUCGAGAUAAGCUCACUGGUCGGGACUUCUCUCAUGAUGAUACUUUGGAUGUCCCCACACAAGUUGAGCUGCUCAUCAAACAAGCCACAUCCCAUGAAAACCUCUGCCAGUGCUAUAUUGGCUGGUGCCCUUUCUGGUAACUGGAGGCCCAGAUGUGCCCGUUGCAUUUUUUCUGAGGCAUUUGUACUUGGUAUACACUUCUGCUAAACUGAAACCAUGGUCAGAAAGUUUGACUUUGUUAAAUAUUUUGAAAUGUAAAUGAAAAGAACUACUGUAUAUUAAAAGUUGGUUUGCACCAACUUUCUAGCUGCUGUUGAAGAAUAUAUUGUGAGAAACACAAGGCUUGAUUAGGUUCCCAGGACAGUGAAACACAGUGAUACCACGUAAAUCAAGCCAUUGAUUUUGGGGAACAGAAGAUCCAUAACUUUAGAAAUACGGGUUUUGACUUAAUUCACAAGAGAACUCAUCAUAAGCAUUUGCUGAUGGAAGGAUGACUUAGUCAUUCCGCUCAACAUGGGUACAGCAAACUCAGCACAGCCAAGAAGCCUCAGGUCAUGGAGGACAUGGAUUCGGAUCCUGGACUAUAAAGAAGCGGGAGAAGCUGAUGUCACCCCUGCCACCAUCCCAUCACCUCACUGGUCUGUGGGCAGCAGCGAUGUUUGCAUGAUGGGCUAACAUGGGUCAAAAAGGUCUGUCUUCUGCCGGAUCAGUGAUGCUGCAACUCACGCACUUCAAUCUAAGACCUGAACCGCUAGGAGGGGGUUAUUCAGAUCAUGGGAGCCCCAGCUGAGCAGAUGCACCAUGGGGGUCACAGCACAGUGGGGCAGCCCCGCCUGGCCUUCGCCAGCACAGUGCUGGGAUGUUUUCAGUGAGGUCUGAAUACUCUGUGUUUGGUGCAAGGGCUCAGAAAACAGAAAUGCUGUCGUGGAGGUGCUAAACACAGAGAAGGAAGGUCUAGUACGUGUUGGGAAUUAUGAGCAAAAUAAAUAUUCAACUAAAUGCACAAAGUAUAAAGUGUAGCCAUGUCUAGACACCAUGUUGUAUCUGAAUAAUUUUUGUGCCAAUAAAUGACAUCAGAAUUUUAAACA